AUGGAUACUCCAAGCACAACCCAGGGCGAGCAGGUGGCUGAUCGUGAUGGGGUCUCAGCUACUGGGCAGGCCAGCUCAAGUACACCAGUCGAGACACCCAAAUCCCCCGAGAAGUGCAAGAAACCAAAGUCCCAGAAACACAAGGAGCGUGACACGGCUGGCAGGCCGAGAUCCAGACCGAAGCUGAAGUCGAAGGCCAAGGGAAAGGGAAACGGGAAGGCAGUAGAGAGUGAGAGCGAGGAUUCCGACGGCUCGAGCUCUUCCGACGAUAGCGUGUCUGGGUCCAGCGAGUCAGAGGAGGACUCCGAGACGGAGACGGAGACGCAGAAGGAGAAGAAGAAGAAGAAGCGUAAGGCGACGAAGACUAAGCAGAAAGCUAAGGACAAGCGGAAGGCCAAAUCGAAGAAGUCUCGUAAAGCGGAAUCGGAUUCCGAAGAUUCGGACGAUGACUCUGAAGAUGAUUUGGAGGGGGACGACGAGGAAGAGGGGGAAGAUGACGACACGGACGAGGCCAGUGCGAGCGCCGCUCUGGAACAGCAGCUGCUGCAGUUGCAGAUGCAACAACUCCAACGCCAGCAUAGUCUUGGAGGAGCCGCCCUCGGUGGGCUGGGACUGGGGCGGUCGCUUUGCGGCCCACUGGGUGGUAGUGCUGCUGCUGCGGCUCGGUUGCAAGCUUCUCGGAACGCCAAAAAGCUUGCGGCCCUCGGCCUGGAUCCCGGCGGUGGUGCGAAAAAGAAGAAGGCGAAGAAGACCAAGGGGAAGCGUGGGAGUAAGCUUGAGUACAAGCGAGUUGACCAGCUGUGGGAUUCGACGAUCCACAACUACAAAUUGACCGACACGGCGGAAGACGAAGAGAGCUCCGAGUAUGAUCAGUACCUGUUCAAUGUGCGGCGGACUUUUGAUUGGGAAGGGCAAUACAAGAAAACCGUCAUUGAUAUCAAGAGCAAGCUCAUCAAGGAAGCUCUCAGCGAAGUCAUGGAAGGCGUCAAGGGGGUCUCGUUAGUUGAACAGAGCCCCGUCGUCGAUCCUAACCUUCUAUUCCUCUACCUGGAAGACCUUCGCGGCGUGUUCAGAGAACUGAAACACAAGAAGGUGACUGUCAAGAAGGGUCGGAAGAAGGCCAUCAAGCGUAAUCUGACCAAGCGAAAACACCUCAAGGUUCUUCUGAAGUACCUCGACAAGGACUAUUCGGCUACAAAGAAGACCUUGUACCCGAUGUUGGAUUCCGGGCUGGUUUCGUUUGAGUACCUCUGGGCUCUUUACAAGCCGAAUACUCUCGCCUACACGACCACAUACGGCUCCGAGGACGAGCCCCGAGCUUUCAAGAUCGAGCUUGCGGAGAAGGAACACAGCUUCAUGAAGGGCGAGUGGUACAGUAUCGAGGGCAAGUACCUGGAGCAUGAUGGCAAGCAAUGGGGAAUGGGAACCAUGGACUGCGAAGUUCCCGCCUUCAAGGGUGCCCGCAAGAUCACGAGUCUCAAUUGCUACCCGCUGAAGUAUCACAAGAAUGAGGAGAAGCUGCGUGCCGACCUCGUCGAGCGUGGCAAAAAGUUCGUCGCCCUACAGGGUGUCAACUACAAAUCUCACGAAGGCAUGGCAUACUACAAGAAGAAGAGGCAAGUCAUCAAGGUAAACAUCAACGGCCGCAUCAUGAUCGACCCUGCUAUCCAUCGUCGCAUCUUGCCAAACUACAACGUCAGUACCGUGAAGCCACAAGACCCGGAUCUUCUGGACUCGGAUUCCGAUGAUUCGGACGAUGGAAGCUGUCGCGGUUGCGAGGAAGAUUCUGAUGGCGGUGGACACGGACACUUCGAAGCUUCUCGCAAGGAAGAAGACGACGGGCCCAAGAUGAAGAUGAAAGUCGUUCUCGACGACAAGAAGAAACCUCUCCUUGUUCAAGUGGAAGUCGAUGCUGACGGUAACGAGCUCGCUGUGGAGAAGCUUGAAGAAGUUCCAAGCAAGACGGCCACCAAGAGGGACGAAGCUUCCCCAGAAGAAGACAAGAAGGCCCUUCCCGUUUUCACCGACGAGGAGUAUCUGAUUGCAUCACCCGUCGUUCUCGGCUUCGCGUUCGCGGAGAAGAUGUGGCUCGAGUUCACCGUAUCUGGGGUCAAGGAGAUCGUAUGGAACGAGGGCGCGUAUGAUUCCUUGGUCUUGGAGAACAACACCAAGGACAUCGUCAAGGCACUCGUUGAGUCUCACAAGUACCACCCGGCCGAGAGUAUCGACGAUGUCAUCCAAGGGAAGGGCAAGGGUCUCGUGGCCGUCCUUCACGGACCUCCGGGAACCGGCAAGACGCUGACCGCGGAAGGCAUUGCGGAACUGCUGAAGUGCCCGCUCUACAUGGUCUCGGCAGGAGAACUCGGUACCGAUCCUCGGACCCUCGAAGGUGAGCUCCAAAAGAUUCUCGACAUUGCUCACGCGUGGGGUGCUGUCCUCCUGCUUGAUGAAGCCGACGUCUUCUUGGAGAAGCGCACCAUCCAAGAUAUCCACCGCAAUGCCCUCGUCUCCAUCUUCCUCCGCCUGCUGGAGUACUUCCAAGGCAUCCUCUUCCUCACCACCAACCGCGUCGAGACGUUCGACGACGCCUUCCAAUCGAGAAUCCACAUCGCGCUCCGGUACGGAGAGCUGAGCGUCCAGGCGAGAAAGAGCGUCUUCAAGGCCUUCAUCGAGCGCGUCCGGGUCCUCGAGGGUAUCAGCACCAUGCCAUUCACCGACGAGGAUUACCGAACCCUUGCACGGAACGCUCUCAACGGUCGCCAGAUCAAGAAUACCAUCCGCACCGCGCAGGCGCUCGCCGUCAACAACCAGGAACCGCUCAGCAUGGAGCACAUCAAGCGCGUCCUCGACGUCUCCAACGCUUUCGAUCGCGACUUGAAGGGCGGCCCGGGCUUCGAAGACGCCAUGCGCGGAUACUUCUAA